CGUAGAGGCAAACAAUAUUGAAAAUAUCUAACAUGAUCAUGAUUUCUUAGAGCUAUUUUUAGAUUUAUGGGUUUAGGUUCCCUGUUGCUGCACUGGUUUUCCUUUGUUGAUCUUUUACUCGGAUUUGAUGGUGAUAUCUUCGUCUAUGCUUAAUCAAGAUGAUCAUCUCUGUCGCGCAACUAUCAGAUCAGAGACUGAAUUCUACUUCAAGACACAAGCAAAGAUAAAGACUCUUUUUGAAGUGAUGGAUCAAGACGAAAAUCGAAGAAGUAGACAGAUUUCACAAGGGAAAUUCAUCGCAACAACUAGAUACAAAGGCUUGGCUAGUAACUUCACUCAAUUGCAUCGAAAACCUCUACCACCAUCAAAGUUCUUGUGGAUACUGACGUGUCCACCAAACAUACAACUUUUCUUGUGGAAAGCAUUGACCGAAGGCCUUUCGACCUUCGACACCAACAUUCCCUCUCGAUGCAACUCCAAUUUGAAGGCUGCUAUUCUGCUCCAAUAUCAUGUUGAUAUAGAUUCACGGCUUACCAAUCUAAUUGUAAUUGAUGAAUCUUGGGGUAUUAUGUACCCUCGUGUAACGGUGUCAUAGUAGUUAAUAAAUUGCAUGCUUCAAAAAAAAA